AUCAGAGCCUUAUCUUCGAUAUCGUAUUUUCCUGCGUCUCUUCUGCAAAAAUUCAUUUUACAAGAAUGUUAAACUCUUCCCCGUUAGUGGCAACCGCAGCCGUAGCCUCCGCAGCCACUUCAUCAUUGUCGCCUUCUCUUCCUCCGUACACCAAGAAUCUUCCAUUAUGCCACCGCCGAUUUUCUCUCCGUACACCCUUUCACUUCCUCCUCAGAUCAAAGCCCAUUAAGCACCCGAAACUCAACACCCAUUUCUCCGUUAUCCGCGCCGUUACUCGCCCCGCAGUCUUCCUUGAAGAUGCCCAAUUUGCAGAAGCAGACCAUGAAGAAGAAGAAGAAGAAGUCGAAGAAGAUGAGGAAGAAGAAAAAAAUGAAGGCUUUGGAUCUCAAUCAGAUGGAUCUGGGAAAUUAUAUGUGGGGAAUUUGCCUUUCGCGUUAACCCCUCCUGAGUUGUCUGAAAUCUUCUCGGAAGCUGGCGAUGUUAAAAAUGUUGAGAUUAUAUACGAUAAAGUUACUCGUAGAAGUCGGGGAUUUGCAUUUGUCACCAUGGGAAGUGUUGAAGAAGCAAAUAAGGCCAUCCGGAUGUUCAAUGAGUCUCUAGUUGGGGGCAGAACAGUGAAGGUUAACUUCCCUGAGGUGCCAAAAGGAGGAGAAAGGGAAGUGAUGAUGGCCUCGCGGUCUAGGAACAUUCACAAGUUGUACGCAAUGAACCUCGCCUGGAGCCUCACAAGUCAAGGCCUAAGACAAGCUUUUGCUGGGCAACCAGGAUUCUUGAAUGCAAAUGUCGUAUUCGACAGGGACUCUGGAAAACCUCUCGGUUAUGGCUUUGUUAGCUUUGCUUCUGCUGAAGAAAUGGAAGCUGCCCUUAACGCCAUGAAUGGAGUGGAGGUGCAAGGCCGGCCAUUGCGGUUGGAAUUUGUCAAGGGGAGAAGACCUCUUAGUCCAUCUGCGGUCGAGACGGAUAGGUAAGAGUUAUUUCCUUGUUCAUAGGAGGACUAUUGCAUAGUUGUAUCAAUCCUUCGCUUGCUUAGUCCAGCUCCUAAAUGUACUACUAGUGAAUUGUACAAACUUAUGGACUCUUUGUAAGGGUUAUUCCAUUGAAAAGGCUUCUAUGUGCUGCUUUCUUGUUGAACUUUGCCGGUGAUUCUGUUUUUUCUGUGCUUAUAAGUAAUUUUUAACUUACAAGUCUUUUGAGAAUGAACGUGUCUCCGGGCU